GUGUGUUUGUGAGAAGCUGGUUAUCACAGGCAAUCUAAAAGAAAACUAACAACAGCUUCCCUGACAGAAGAUGCCAGUGAUCAACAUUGAGGAUCUGACAGAAAAGGACAAAUUGAAGAUGGAAGUAGACCAGCUCAAGAAAGAGGUGACCCUGGAAAGGAUGAUGGUUUCCAAAUGUUGUGAAGAAGUAAGGGAUUAUAUUGAAGAAAGAUCUGGAGAGGAUCCUCUAGUGAAGGGGGUCCCAGAGGACAAAAAUCCCUUCAAGGAGCUCAAAGGAGGCUGUGUGAUUUCAUAGGCAGGGAGGAAUUUUCUUAGAAUACUUAGAAUU